UCAUGAUUAUGACAUGGAAGAGCAAAAUUAUAGAGAAGCCAUAAGAGGCAUCUGAAAAGAAAAUAGAAAAGACAUCAAAGGCAGGGGGAGAGGAACUGCAGCUUAAUGAGUAUAAAAAAGGCAGACCAAUGACCCUUAAAAGCAUUUUAUGUGAGUCUCAGGAAGUGUGAAGUAGGAACAGUUUCUUCAAAGCCUGGCCCAUGAACUGACAUGUGCACUGAAGUAGAAGACGUGAACUGCAAAACAAUAAGCUUAGCUAAAACUAGUCUCUUUUUCUGCCCUACAGAGAAAAUGGCAUCCUGUCUCCGAUCAAAUGAAAAGAACAGGUUGUAUAUGACUCCAACAUGAAGAGAAACCACUGUCCAAAACUGUGAAAUCAGAAGCAAGGUCACAAAAUGAAUUUUAAAGAACUCACCUCCUUGCAAGUCAUCCAAGUUUUGUGGCACUCCAAUCCCGGUUGUCAUUGACUCAUGGAAUCCACUAGCCAUUGGGAGAACCACCCAUCCAAUGGCAGUGUCUACGAAGUGGUGCUCAAGAAUAGUUCCAAUUCCACCUCCCAGUUUACUAGUGUGCAGCUGAUCCAGUCUUUCAAACCUCUGAUCAUCCCUUGCUAUACUGUGGUGGUCCUUGUUGGCAUCUUUGGCAACUAUCUCCUCCUUUAUGUUAUCUGCAAGACCAAGAAAAUGCACAAUGUUACCAACUUCUUCAUUGGGAACCUGGCCUUCUCAGAUAUGCUGAUGUGUGCAACCUGCGUCCCCUUUACGCUGGCAUAUGCGUUUAACCCCCAGGGGUGGGUCUUUGGAAAGUUCCUGUGCUAUUUUGUGUUCCUGAUGCAACCCAUGACAGUAUACGUGUCUGUCUUCACCCUCACAGCCAUUGCAGUAGACAGAUACUAUACCACUGUGCAUCUCCUUAAGAAGCGCAUCUCCUUCACCGCCUGUGUAUAUGUAAUUUGUGGGAUCUGGCUGCUCUCUUGUGCCCUGGUGGCUCCGGCCAUUGCCCACACCUACCACGUGGAGUUCCACAAGGAAGGCUUUGCCAUCUGUGAGGAGUUCUGGAUGGAUGAAGAGAAAGAGCGCCUGGCCUACGCCUACAGCACCUUGAUCAUUACGUACAUCCUUCCCCUCUCGGCCGUCUCUCUCUCCUACAUCUGUAUCACCAUUAAGCUGAAGAACCGUGUUGUGCCUGGUCACCCAACACAAAGCCAGACAGAGUUUGACCGUCUGCGGAAAAGGAAGAUCUUCUGCCUCCUUGUGCUCGUGGUGGCUGCCUUCGCCGUCUGCUGGCUCCCCAUCCAUGUCUUCAACAUCAUCCGCGACAUAGACAUCAACCUCAUCAACAAGGAGUACUUCCUUCUGAUCCAGCUGCUCUGCCACUGGUUUGCCAUGAGCUCCUCUUGCUGUAACCCCUUCCUGUAUGCCUGGCUGCACGACCGCUUCCGAACGGGGCUCAAAGGGAUGUUCACCUUCAAGCAGAAGAUCAUCCCUGCCAACAACUGUGUUGCGGUCAGUGUCAUGCUUUGAGAUCUCAGACUUCUUCCAGCCACGAAACCAGGGCACAAGGCAGACUGGCAAAAU